GCGUAACGACAGAAACGUUUCGUGUUUAGAUUUCAGCUGUUGAGUCCGUGCACUUAUGGCGGCUCGUGAAUCGGUGAAUAAAAAGUUCUCUGUAUUAUUCGAAGAAGGAUUCGUGGUUUUCGUUUAGAAAUGACAGGCUUCACCGAAAGCGCACUGGUGAAAAGGUUAAUGGACUUGAAUCAUUCGCAGCAGAGCAUCCAGACACUUUCACUUUGGUUAAUUCAUCACAGAAAACAUCAUCCCACCAUCGUCAAAGUCUGGUUCAAAGAAAUGUGCAAAGUGAAGGACAACCGCAAAUUAAUGUUCAUGUAUCUAGCCAAUGACGUGAUCCAAAACAGCAAGAAAAAGGGCCCUGAAUUUGGCAAAGAAUUUGAAUCAGUGCUUCCUAAAGCUUUUGAACAUAUGAAAGGUUUUGAUGAUAAAACUAGAGAACGACUGAACCGACUUCUUCAAAUUUGGGAAGAACGUGGAGUCUACGACAAGGCCCAAAUCACAGAAUUUAAAUUGGCUUUUGAUACCUCUAAAGAUCCUGGAACUCCUCCAAAGAAGAAACUGAAGAAUGACAUCGAAAAAGCGAAGAAAGAAAAGAAGGAGCGAAAGAAAUCGGAGACGGAAGUGGAGGUCGAUGGGACAAAGGAACUUCACGUGACGCUGAGCCCUAGAACUCCCGCUGGUGACCCUCCAGAGACGGAGGAACUCAUCAAAGCGCUUAUGGACUUAGAGAACACAGCAUCGUCAGAUGCUGGUGUGAGAGAACGAAUUGCAUCCUUGCCGCCGGAGGUGUCAGAAGUAUCGCUGCUUGCAAACCUGGCGGACAGGGCAGCUGCGGACCAGCUGAGCAUCGCUGUGAACGAAGCCGCAGCUUUACUGGCAGAUUAUAAUGGAAGAUUACAGGCAGAAAUGGAGGACAGAAGGCGGCUGCUUACUAUGCUCAGAGAUUAUACCUUGGCCCAAAGGCAACUACUUCAGCAGGCGCAAACUACACUUGAAGACUAUAAGGAGAAAUUGAAAAAGGUCUGUGCAGUUAGAUCGGAAGUCAAGUCCCACAUUUCAAACCUUCCAGACCUAACACAACUGCCAGACGUCACCGGAGGCCUUGCGCCUCUUCCUUCAGCUGGUGAUUUAUUUUCCAUGCACUAGGAGCGAUUCGAAUUGGUGAAACUGCUGAAAACUUGUCUAUGAGAAGUCUGGAGAAGCUUCAAAAUUUCGAAUCGUAUGAAUCGAAGAUUUAGGAAUCGAGUUUGGUGAGGAUCCCAAUAAUUGCUACGUGUAUAUAUAUUGUAACGUGAUUCUGGGAAGGCAAAUCGAAGAAAAAGUGGUUUUCGAGACUCUGUGGGGAGAUUAUAAUGAUGCGAAUAAAUGUUUUGAUCGUUA